CCUCUGCGCUCUCAGCCGCCUGCUGUGUGUCUGUCGAGGGCAGCCUAAUUAACGUACUGGCUACUUCCUGUUCCUGCGAAGCAACUCGGCCGAUUAGACACUUCGCUCUUUCUCCCUCUCCCUCUCUCGAGGCCAUGGCCGCUUUCCAACGAAACCUCGCCAUCGCGGCGGUCUUCAUGUUCGCCUGCAUCUCCAUCAUCUACGACCAGAGCUCACUCCUCGGCUACAUUCACCACAAAGCAGGGUUCGACCCCCCCGAGGCUGUCGACUUGGUUCCUUCGAAAGUUGUGGAUGGUGACACCACUGCUGCGUCCGUCGCGACGGCCAAGACGACUUCCACAUCUGUGACAGACACCGCUGUCUCAUCAGCAGAAGAGGCCCAUGGCAGUCUCCCAACGUCGGUCCCUGCCCCCCCUGAGGGCAAAACCUCGAGACUUCACUACUUGAUCCCCGCCAGCAAGCCCAAUCUGCACUUGUGCUACAACCUAGCCUCGUCCGCCGCCAACCGCUACCCCGUGCCCGCCCUCCUUGGCUUCCACGGCCAGGGCGAGUGGGAUGCCAAGAAGACACACCUGGCCAAGCUCCGCGCCAUCAUGCGCUACCUGGACGCACUCGACACCGCCGACGACGAGGACCUGGCCAUCAUUGUCGACGGCUACGACGUCCUGCUGCAGCUGCCCCCCGAGAUCAUGAUCGAGAGGUACUUUGAGGUGGCCCAAAAGUCCGACGCCCAUCUGGCCGACCGCUUCGGCUUGACCGUCAAGGAGCUGCACGCCCGAGGGAUGCGCCAAAGCGUCUUCUGGGGCCCCGACAAGAUCUGCUGGCCGAUCGACUGGCGUGCGAGCCGUUGCUGGGCGGUGCCCGCGUCGCCCCUCGCGCCGGACGCUUUUGGGCCCAAGGAGGGCAACGGCGAAAUGGCCUUUAACGACCCGCGCUGGCUAAACUCGGGCACCGUCAUCGCCCGGAUCGACGACCUGCGCAAACUCAUGCGGGCCACGCUGGACGAGAUCGAAGACACGUACGAUGAGGGGUACGAGUUCCGAGAGUCCGACCAGUACUACGUCGCCAACAUCUGGGGACGCCAGGAGUACUACCGAUCCCUGGCCGUGAACGACGGAGCGCCCGUCGUCGGCGGCCCUGACGACCGCAUCGUACCGGGCAAAUUCCGCGAGGACCAGGAGACCGAGUACCACGUCUCCCUCGACUACGAAUCCGCCAUGUUCCAGACCAAGGCCGGCAACGAACCCUGGUUCGGCUAUCUCGAGUUCAGCACGUCCGGCCUCAACGCCAACGUCACGCGAGACAUGUUUGACGAGGGCGACAGCUUCGUCCCCUUUGACAUCUCCAUGCCCGCCAACGUCUACUCGGCCCUGACGCGCCUCUACGACACCGUGCCUCAGGCGCACCCGGGGGCGUCCAGCGACGAUUGGAUUCGCUCCAUCCGUCUCGGCGUCAACUUUGUCACCAAGCACAUCUUCCCCCUCUGGCACUGCACGGGUGCCAAGGAGUUUGUCGAGUCCGAGUACACCAAGCUGUGGUUCUACCCCUUUGCCCACUCCCUCAUCAGGGCUACCGUCAAUGCCUUCCGGCAGGGGGAGCUGAUCACCUACCACAAGGUCGACGGGCGCCUCUGGGCGCCCAAGGGCGUCUACCCGGAGGUGUCUGAGAUGAGUGACGAGCUCGGCGGCGCGUGGACGGAUCUCGACGGGGCGACCUUUGUGCCGUGGCAUGAACUCUGCUCCGAGUACACCGACCAGCUCUUUGCGGGCGAGCUGGCUCGGUCAAAGAAACCCUAAUGACGACGCCUUCAUGGUGAGAAUUGAUGACGGCGCGAGGGCCAGGCUGAUUUAUUGGAAAAUAUUGCACUAUCAUACAUACUAUGGAGGUAAAGCGAGGGACGGCGCAAAGGGGCAGGACAUGGACUUGAGCAUUUUCUCCUUUCUUUUCUUUCUGAAAUAAUUCUGGAUACCCUUCUUCUGAUUGCCAAUUGGCGG